CUCUCUUCUCUUUCAUUCGCUCAAUCAAAAAAAUGGCCGAUACGGAAGAUGCGGGCACCACGUCCGUCUCCGAACCUUUGGAUCUGGUGCGCCUCUCCCUCGAUGAAAUCGUCUUUGUCAAGCUCCGCGGUGAUCGCGAGCUGAAGGGUCGUCUCCAUGCAUACGACAGCCAUUGCAACUUGGUGAUGGGAGAUGUAGAGGAGACCAUCUACGUGGUUGAGGAGGAUGAGAAUGAGGAAGAAAUAAUCCGAACGAUCAAGAGACAAGAGGAAAUGCUCUUUGUGCGAGGAGACUCCGUCGUUUUAAUAUCCCCCCAAGCCUGAUAAGAUUCGAUCGGAUGGACAAAGUGGAUGAUGGACUCGUCGAAAGGGAACACCGAGCUCUAAGGAGACUAUUGACUCUCCUACAUACGGGAGCACAAGGAAGGGAACUAUGAAACCGGGCGAUGGCCCCAGAGUGGUGGAUUAUAGUUUUAUUCCGGUUCCUGGGUCUUUAAGUGUGUCAUCGACGAAGACUACUAGUAUGGCAUGGCACUUGUUAAACAGACGUCAUGUGCGAAGAAAUUAGAGCCUAAACAUCAGAUGAUGACUCCCGCAUGGCAUGCGGCCUGAGUCAUAUCUUCUAUAGGCGACUCAAUUUAUUUUAUG